AAUCACAUGAGCAUGGAUCUGUUUACAAACUGAGGGCUGUAGACGAGAAGUGGAGAAGAGAGACGGGGAAGGAGAGGGGAGGAGAGUGAGUGUGAGAAGAAAAUACAGGAAAAGAGAAGAGAGCGUCAGUCUGAAUCUGAAUUAACAUUAGCUGCACUGUUUUCCUGUGUUAUAUAUCUUGUGGUCUGUGUUCAGAGCAGAAAGGCAAGGGAAGAGAUGAAGAGCUGCUUUCCACAGGAACACUGAGGCUGCCUGCCUGGUUGGCUGGCCGUGCUGCCGGGGAAUCCAUCCAUGUCCCUUCCCUUUGUCUCUCCAUAAUUGGCCACGGCAGGUUUUCACAGCCAGAGAGGAGGAAAGCAACGUGGAGAUCUAAAAGGAAAGGACGAAGGAGAGGGAAGAAAGGAAGAGUGAAGAAGUGAAGAAAGAAGGGGAAGGGAGGGAGAGCCUCGUGACAAUGUUUUGAAGGGGAGACAAAGCAAAAAAGCAGGGACUGCUCGGCCAAAGGUUCAUAAGCAGAGUGCUGGAUGGGAUUUGGAGUAUAUUUCCUCAUGCUGUCAGUAGCAUUGUUGUCUUUUUAUAGACAAGACUCAAAGAUUCAAGACUGUUUUUAGUGUUUGUCAUGCAAAGGGAAGACACAGGAAUUAGAUUUCUUUGUCUUGUUUUGGAGUCUAAAUCUGGGUCAAGGAGGGUGUUUGUAUCACAUUUUUUUAGGGUAGAUCACCACUGCUGACUGAGUAAACAGUGUUCAGAUGAGCGACUGGUUAUUUGUAUGAUGUCUUUUUGAGGAACUGAGAGUCUCUAAUCAGGUCUGCUUACUCCAGCCCACAAGGAUUUAACUCACUAUUCAUCCGCUCCUUCAACUAUCAGGGUCAAGUAGUCUGAACUUAAAAAGAAGUGGACAUAAAGGCCUCACCUUGUCCUUUUUAGUCCGAGGAACGAUCUCAGAAAAGUUGAUUCCGUGAUAUUGGAGAGCUCAAGAGCCCAAAGAUUUCCUGGGUUUGCGAUCCGAACAUCCACACAUUUGAUGCAUCCUGUCCAAUGGUGUAACGGGUGUCUGUGUGACCUUGGAUUGCAGAACUCCGACCCCUACUGCAAGAUGACUUCAGAAGAGCUCUUCCACCUGCCACUCAACGUCUACAUCAUCAUCCUGGGCAUCGGCCUCUUCAUCCUCAUGCUCAGCCUCAUCUUCUGCUGCUACCUGUUCAGACUCAGACGACAAGGUGCACGAGAACAGUACGGCUACAAUGAGGUUGUUUUGAAAGGAGCGGGGAAGAAACUGAGCCUUCUUGGUCAAACAUGUGCGGUGUGUUUAGAGGAGUUUCGCAGCCGGGAUGAGCUUGGAGUGUGCCCGUGCUCCCAUGCUUUUCACAAAAAGUGUCUGCUAAAAUGGUUAGAGAUCCGUAGUGUCUGUCCCAUGUGCAACAAGCCCAUUUGUCGCCUCCAGCCUGACCCCCCACAAGCUCCUGAGCGGCCGCAGAGUCUCCUGGAGGUCUGAGAGGGGAAAGCACGUCACGCAGCACCUCACACUCUCCAGUCGAUUGACACCUAUCACUAUAGAGGGUCCUGUUUCCCCGUUCAACAGAUUGUAGUUUUAGUAACACAAACAUUUUUGAGGCAGAGCUGCUAUGGAAGCAGAAAUGAUAUAAAUGUGAGAGUUAAACUGUAAGUGCAGAACCAAAGAACCAGAGUGCAGUUAUUUAGUGACAAACAUCACUGAGAAGGAAGAAAGUAAAUAUCAAGGUUAAAAAUAUAAAUGGUAAUAGGUAACGUAAAGAUAAUCUCAACUCAGAGAUCCAUUUACUAGCUUUAUGAGCUUUCAAUCACCUCUCACUGUCUUUAUUCAGCUAAUACAGCUGUCAUAAAUGUGAAACUUUGAUCAUUUCAUUCCUAGUGGUUGUAUAUGUGUGAAGAUAAUAACCCUGAGACAUAAUGACAGUCAGUUGGUUUUUGACCAUGGCAUUCAUGAUAGCAGAUUGUAAUGGCAAGGCUAGCAUUGCAAGUUUGACUGUGAAUUGUCAGGUAAGCUAACUAUCAAACUUUCAAACCAAACAGCAAUUUUCUGUAAGUGGCCACGUGACUGGAGGCUUAGAGGGAAACUCCGCUGAUUUUACACAUCUAAGUCUGUCUGACAAGUUUGAAAAUGGAAAAAAAAAUGUGUGGUGCUAAAAAUAAGUGAGGUUACCAGACCUCUGCCACCCACACCUCAACUCAGCUAGCCACUACUAGCAUUGCACACAAGAAUCUCCCAACCAACUGUUAGCAGUCUUGUUGCAUUGUGGGUAAUAUAGGCACCAGGUUUUGAUAAGGAGGAAGAAUGCUUGGGGAAAAAAAGAAGACAUCUCUGCUUCUGCUGCAUCCAUUUUAUAACCACAUAAAGUUAUAGGAGUGCAAUGCUAAAUCAGUGGAGUACUCCAUUAAAAUAAUGUACAGGUGCCCUAAAGCUGCAGAUCCUCUAAUGGCCACUAAACAACACUCAGAUUGGGUUAUCAAGAUAGAGUGUCAGCAAGCUAAUCCCACUUCAUGUGUGUAUAUUGGUGAUGAUCUUUAAAAUAAUUUUAUUAAGACGAUACCAAGGUGUAAGUUGCUGUAAUGAAUAAGGACAACAAGGCAAAAAACAUUCAUAGGCAUUAAGUUGAAUUUAAAAAGUGUAAAAUGGGUGUGCUUCCCUCAGAAAUUGUCACAAUGGAAUGAAUUGUGUGUCUAUAUCACGUACGUUGCUUUUUUUGCUAAAAAUACCACAAUGCAAUGCUUCACCUUUGUUGAAUGUACACUGUAUACUGUCAUGAGAGAUUAUGCCUGUUAGCAAUGAUGAUUCUUAAGUGUCUGAAAUCCCAGUUUGCUCCUCAUUAUAGAUGAGUUGUUAGGGAAUAGUGGAUGAUCUUCAAAAUGCUUUUUCUGAAUCUUAUGGACGAUUUAACUGUCUAUUGUGGUAGCAGGACAGCUAUUUCUUUGCCUUUUUCAAUAUGCUUUAGUUUAAUAUUUCUUAGGAUAAUAGAAUCUUUGUUAUAUCACCAACAACAUGUCAUUAGCAUCAUCAUCAUUAGCACUUCCUCCCUUAAUUCAACAUAGUUCACACUUGCUGUUGUCAGCACUUGGUCAACAGAGGCCAAAUGUAUGUAUUUGAAAUUUUUGUCUGCAUAUGACAGAAUGAUAUAUAAUAAUAAGGACAUCAUCUGUCUUACUUGGAGUCCAGAGAGUGUGGGGGUACCAGAAUGUUAAAAAGAAAUCAAAUUCAACAUUCAAGGGCCAAAUGGAGUAAGAAAAGAUACUUAUAGCAUUAGCAAGGUCGUGUAUCAUCCAAACAGUCAUGAUGGGCGCUCAGCAUGUUGAGGAUGUUGAUACUGCUGUAACUCAGCUAAUGAGAUUACCUCUGCCUCCAGAGCAGCUCUGCCUCUGAGAAAUGUUUGUAUGACAAACUCCAGGCAACUCCAGCUUUCAGUUUGCCCAAAAAUGACAUGCAGCUCCGCAUGAGUGUGAUGUGUCUUGAUCUUUCACCACAACUGAAGAGCCUGGAGCCAGGAAAAAAAGAAGAUUUAUCCACCAGACACCAGCUUUGAAGAUUUCAAAACCUCCUAAAGCCCAUCCUGUUGCCCCAAAUGUGAGGGCAAAGGCAGAGACUGUAAAGAAAGAUGUGCAGUUGUGGAACAAUCAAAAAUAUCAGAGAGGCCUGUUUAAUUUAACAAACAGGACAUUCUUGUGAAACAACAAGAUGCAGGGAUGGUGUGUGUUUGGGCUUUAACCUUCCAUAUCUCAGAGUCAACCGACUCCAUGUUGCCAAGUUGCCAGGCUGAGUGAAGAACGUGAGGACUUGACUGCUGAGACAGAUGUCAUAUGGGGUCUGAUAUAAGAGACACCUGCAUUACAUGCUGUCACAUGCCUGUUCAAGAUAUCCAGCAACAAUUAAGGUUCUAAGUGAUUCAAUCACUAAAAUAACACAUAUUAUAUACAUGGUUUUUAAGUUA